UGUGUGACUUUACUUUUAUUUAAGACACUGAAGAGAGCGCCGCAGAUGUAGGUGGACAUAUAUGCAGUGAGCGAUGCAUACGAUCCACAGUUUGUGCCGGCUCUGCAUCGAACGAAACUUGCCACAGGUGACCAUUUUAAGAGGAAAAGAUGGUUUUGGCUUCACCAUCUGCUCUGACACCCCUGUACGGGUUCAGGCUGUUGAACCAGGUGGUCCAGCUCACCAGGCGGGUUUACAGCAGCUGGACACAUUACUGCAGCUGAACGGCCAGCCGGUUGAGCACUGGAAGUGUGUGGACCUGGCUCAUGCCAUCAGGAAUUGUCGUAAUGAGAUCACAGUGGUGGUGUGGAGGACAGUGCCUAUUAUGAAGCCUUACUACGAGGGGCUUAUCCACAGGCCUUCCUACAAACCCUCAGGAUUUGAUUCUGUCUCAUCUGCAAAGACUCAAAACAAAACCCCACCUUUACUCUCUCGACCCACCAAUCACAAACAGGGUCGUCGUAAAAAAGUAAGUAGCCCUGAUAACACAGGAAACGGAGUAGGAGAGUCAUUGUGGUCUUGGACUGGCAAACAAGAAGAAAAUGACUACAAAACACGCACACAGACCCUCAAAGGUACCCGUGUGACAUCAUCAAACGGCGACAACUACAUCAUCCUCUCUCCUGUCAGUCCUGGAAACCAGAUAUUGCAGCCAGUGUAUUCUGACUCCAAUGGCACCCUGGGAACUCUUGGAAAGAAGCAUAAAAAAUGUGCAAGAACAGUUAUUGUGAUCCCCAAGUGUUGUGAUGAAAUGACAGAUGGCAGUAUCAUGAGGAAUUGUCGUAAUGAGAUCACAGUGGUGGUGUGGAGGACAGUGCCUAUUAUGAAGCCUUACUACGAGGGGCUUAUCCACAGGCCUUCCUACAAACCCUCAGGAUUUGAUUCUGUCUCAUCUGCAAAGACUCAAAACAAAACCCCACCUUUACUCUCUCGACCCACCAAUCACAAACAGGGUCGUCGUAAAAAAGUAAGUAGCCCUGAUAACACAGGAAACGGAGUAGGAGAGUCAUUGUGGUCUUGGACUGGCAAACAAGAAGAAAAUGACUACAAAACACGCACACAGACCCUCAAAGGUACCCGUGUGACAUCAUCAAACGGCGACAACUACAUCAUCCUCUCUCCUGUCAGUCCUGGAAACCAGAUAUUGCAACCAGUGUAUUCUGACUCCAAUGGCACACUGGGAACUCUAGGAAGAAUCUAUCAGACUGGCAGAGGACUGCAGCAGAGCCCAGACUACCUGCAGAAUGGGGGGCUGCAAGCACAAGCCACUUUGUGUAGGUCUAUGAACAGUACGGCCACCACCUUGCCUCCUUCAUCCUACAGACAGAGCUUUGCCAACUACCAGAACUGUACCAUCGUCCAGUCCCACCUGCCUCACUCUAACUAUGGCACAUAUGUCAGUCUGGCACCCAAGAUUCUCAUCUUCCCAGUUUUUGUUCAGCCGCUGGACCUGUGCAGCCCUGAGAGAGUCCUGAUGUUGUCAGAGGAAAUGGUCCUUCAUGACAGUAAACACAUAGCUCUUAAGGCUACAGUGUUCAUCUACACAGACCUGAUGCUGUUGACCAGGGAAGAUGAACCGGGUCGUUGUAAUGUACUACAGAGUCCACUUUACCUCCAUGAUAUACAGCUGCAGGAUGUUCCUGCAGACAAACUGCGGCUGUACAUCUCUUACUGGAUAGAGGUGAGAUCUUACAUGCUGGAACCAAAAGCAGCUGAACAGGCUGAUCUGGGUCUGCUGGGCUUCAGCCCUUACAGUGUGUCUGAGCCCUGUUCCCCAUCAUGCCCCUCUGCAUCGCCCAUCAUGAGAAGAACCAACUGCAGCUCUCCAGCUCAGCGGCUCUCCUACCCAGACCUGCACUGCAGCACCGGAGACGCCAACCAAACUGCUCCGACCUUUCGAGACGCCUGCAAACCUCCAUACCUGGAGACCUCUGAGAUCUGGAAGGACAGACAGAAGGAGGUGAAAGGAGGUGGCCAAGAGUCAGAACUGGAGAAAAGGGAGCAGGGGGAGGGCCAGAGCGAGAGCGCUUCUGAGACUAUCAGCGUUGGCGCCAGACCCACAUCUUCAUCGUCAUCUUCCUCACCUCUAGUCAUUCCCAGGCUGUGCCUGGAUCGCUCCUUCAACGCAGAUGCUUUGACCUCACCGUCAACUGACGAUGAUGAGGAGGAGGAGGAAGAUGAUGAGGACACAGAUGAAGGCUUUCUGAAGAGGAGGAGUAUGGUGGAAUCAUCUCCUAGCAGUGGGCAGCAGAGCGGGGGCUUGUGUGUGCAGAGGUCCCUCCACAGACGGACGCACAGCGAGAGCAGUUUGCUGCAGGAGCCCCGGUCUCCUCGCUUCAUCUCUGAUCAGGCCAUCGACUGCAUAGAGGCCAAGCGGGAACCUUCAGAGCGCUGGGCGGUUCCCUCCCCGCAGACCCUGAGGAAAGAGCUCACCAAGAACGGAGGAUCCGUCCACCAGAUCUGUCUGCUCUUCACUGGAAGGAGGGUUUGUGGCAAGCUGAACUGUAAAUGUGACACAGGAAAAACUGGUGUCAAAAAGAAGAAAUCCAAGAAUUUGGCCAAAGACAUGAAAAACCGCCUGACUUUUCUGCGGAAGAAGACCAAUGACAGACAUGGAAGCAAUCCAGCCAGCAGGCUUGAGAAAGUCCUUAAGUCAGACAAACCAACUCCAGAGGAAGCUCUCAAAUGGGCAGAGUCGCUUGAUGCGCUGCUUUCUCACAAAUAUGGCCUAGUGGUUUUCCGCUCCUUCCUGCAGACAGAGUUCAGUGAGGAGAAUCUGGACUUCUGGUUGGCCUGUGAGGACUUCAAGAGGAUCAAAUCACUGUCCAAAAUGGCAUCCAGAGCAAAGAAGAUAUUCACUGAGUACAUCUCCAUACAGUCCUGUAAAGAGGUUAAUCUGGACUCAUACACCAGGGUGCACAUCAAGGAAAAUAUGGAGAACAUCUGCGCAGACUGCUUUGACCUGGCUCAGAGCAGAACCUUUGGAUUAAUGGAAAGAGACUCGUACCCUCGAUUCCUCCGCUCUGACAUUUACCUGGAAUUAACCAACCAAAAGAGACCCAGCUCUGUCACAGAUCCAUCGUAAAGCUCUGAUGACAAACUGUAGACGCUGAACUUUUUAGAUCAGUAUUGCUGGAGACAUAGUAGAACAGGACGUGUCUACAAUCACAUAAUCCACUAAUGCACAGCUUCAUAUUGAAAAGUCAGUCAACUAAGUACCUUGGAGAGCUCAGCCCGAUGGAUCAUUGCAUGGACAGAUUGGUUUUGGAUGCUUCUGUGCUGCAUGCACCCUGUUGGACGGUUGCAGCAAUAAGAUAGUGAUAUUGUGUUAUGAAUAUGCUGGAAGUGUUGACUCAAAUCAAUUUGCCAGUGCCCAAAAUGCCUUGCCACCUGAUGACCCAGUGGCAGUACAGAGAGGGUGCAACGCAUGAUGGGUAUAGGAAAAAAGAGACAUUUUGGUACUGUUUUGUUCAGCUUUACCAAGAGACUUUUCACUUUUCUUUCCUGCACAGACCUCAACAUAGUCCACUUUUACAAAGAUCCUAGUGAGAUGACAUUGGAUGAAACUAAGUAUUAGUUAACAUUAAUGUCCUUUUUUAUCUGAGUUGCAGUUGACAGCAUGUUGAUAUUCUCUCAAUACUACUGACAGAACACUAAUUCUUAUUACUUUCAAGGGCUUUGGUAACAUUUCCACAUCUGUUCUUCAUGUAGUGGCCCCGUGGCUCUAACCCCUUAUGUUUUACAAGUGCAAUAUACAAUUAGUUAUUCUUAUUAAUAUUUCUUUAAAAAACAGUAUAUUA